AUGACAUUGCUCUUGGUCGUCUAUAACAUUCCUCGAAUAUUCGAAUUUGAUAACAACAACAACAACUAUAAUUCCGGCAUCAUUAACAACAACAACAACAACAACACCCCCAACAACAACAUCAGCAACAGCAUCAACAUCAAAUACAACAAUAACAUCAAUAACAACAACUACAUUUUACACGGAAACAACAACACGAAUUUUGCAUCCAUCUCAAUUGGCCUGGUCUCGAAUCAAAUGUACAACAAUAUUAACAUCAACAACAACGGCAACAACAACACAAUCAACAACAACAACAACUCUACUCUAUCGACAACAACAAAACUAUCAACACCCUCAAUAGACCAAAACAGCAUCACAAACUCCCACCCCAUCUCCUCCAGCCUGGCUUCAAUCCUUUGGUUCAACAACAACAACAAUAACAACAGCAACAACAACAGCAACAACAGCAACAACAACAACAACAACCGCAAUCCUUUCCCCAUGCCCACAUCAACAUCGCUAACCACCACAGCCACAAACAGCCACUACCACCAACGAAACGCCACCACAAACUUCUACUCCAUCUCGUCGGGUCUGGCUUCAAAUCCUCUCUACAACCUACUCUAUGAAAAUAUUGCUUACUGCCUGGUAGCCUUCCUCCUACCUCUGGCCAUCCUCACCUUCUUCAACCUCAAACUUAUCUUAGCCCUUAAGAAUGCCGAAAAGUUUAGGCCGAAGUAUCCCAGAUCUUUAAAUAGGUCAUUUCAGGGUGGUAGCAGUGGUGGUGGUGGUGGUGGUGGUGGUAGUGGCGGAGAUCUCUUUGUAAUCGAACCCAGUCAUUGCCAGUCAUCGCCUUUAACCAUUGAGCUAUCACGCUGUCCCUCAACGGCCAUCACCGACGCCACGGUUGAGUGUGGCCAGUGCGACAUCUACCAUAAUCUCGGCGAUCCACUCCCUGAAAAGUGUUUCAAACGUUCGGGGACCACGCAGUGCGGCAUUUGCCUAAUUGCCGUCGUAUUCAACGGCGAAACCAUCCAGGAUUCAGAAUUUUUUGCUCGAUCGAUGCUACUGGUCAGAGGGUGCGGUAGCUCUUUCGAUUCAUUUGGACAAUUUUCAAAGAUCAGUGCGACGCAGCACCUUUAUUAUGACAUGAAUGGUAGAGACCGUGGCAACUGCGGGUCUGCCCAUAAUCUCUUCCAAUACUUCCCAAACGUAACCGGCGGUCCAUACGUCAGCCAGCUCAUGAAGGAGUGGAAUGAGUCUUCGUGCGAGUGA